CAACACAGUCGUGAAGUGGCGCGCUGGAAAUAGUAUAAAAAUACAACAAGUAGCCAUGAAAGGGUUUUUAGCGGUGGCUUCAGCAGUGCUCCUUGUGAGCAAUAUCGACCAGGUUACUGCAAAACCUGGUCGGUCCAUGAUAUAUACACCUGUGGAUGCAGCAGCUACAGACUUUACGCAAGUAUUGGUCAGAAUGGAUAAGGGAAAAACAUCCGAUAACUUCGAAACUCGGUUGAGUGCUAAGAUGGAAGUGCGCAAGAACAACCGCAAGAACAACGGAAAGAACAACGGAAAUAACGGAAAUAACGGAAAUAACGGAAACGCGAGCAAAGGCGGCAAUAGCAAAAACGCCAAAAGUGAAAAGGCAACCAAGACGAAAUCGGUGAAGACGACGAAGGAGGUUGAAGUUGCAGCUGGAGUAUUCCAAGUAAUAGAAACUGAAGAGACUAUUGAAGUUGAAGAGGGUGAUCUCGACUAUGUCAAAGUAUACAAGACCAACACCGGCGACGAGGAUAUUGUUGGGUUUCAAGAUUUGUCGGCAACUGACUUGGAAGACAUUGUCAAUGACGAAGAUGUUGAUUCUUGCGAGUUCGUACAGAGUUUCAAGGCUGAUAAGGCAGUUGAAGCUUUCGAUCGUCAGCCGAGACAGUCAGUCCCUUGGCAUCUAGAUAGAAUCAAUCAGCGCACAAAUGAUCUGGAUGGCAAUGUGGCAACCGAGUCGGGAGGUACAGGCGCCGGUGUGAAUGUAUAUGUUGUUGAUUCUGGUAUAGACAUCAGCCAUCCUGCUUUUGGAGGCAGAGCAUCGAAUUUCUACAACGCAUUCUCAUGGGUUGGGGGCGAUUAUUCUGACGGUUAUGGACACGGCACACAUGUUGCUGGAUUAGUGGGAGCCCAGGGCUACGGACUCGCUACGGGAGCAUCGAUAAAAAACGUGAAGGUUCUAGAUGGCGAUGGUGGGGGAAACACGCUAACCAUAUUAGGUGGUCUGAGCCGGGUACGAACUGAAGUUAGUCGCGACACCACUGGCGCGAAGCAUAUCGUAGUCAUGAGCUUGUCUGGCCCCACUUCGGUCUUCAUUGACGCGUUGAUAUAUCGCUUGUAUCAGUUGAAUUGUCUGGUUGUCGUUGCAGCCGGAAACUACAAUCAGGAUGCUUGUCUGUACACGCCCUCCCGUAAUCCAGCUGCUAUGACCGUUGGUGCCACAAAUAACGUGGACCAGCUGGCAUCCUUCUCAAAUUACGGCGGGUGCGUGGAUAUUCUCGCUCCGGGUACUCAGAUAACCUCAACUAUUCCCAAUGGACAGACAGCCACAUACGAUGGGACAUCUAUGUCGGCACCAUUAGUCGCGGGUGUAGCGGCUAGUUUGUGGAGCACUGUACCCUCGUUGACUGCGAGACAGGUUAGAAGAACUACGCAGAUGGCCAGCUCAGUAGAGAGUAUUUCCCUGAGUGUAGCCCAGCAGAGCACGCCCAACAAUUUCAUAUUUUCGAAUAUAGUUAUGUCGCAGGUGCCUCUCGCUCAAUUUCAAAGCGGUGAGAUAACAUUGGAAACUCUCAAAUUUUCUGCCGGUUUUGGCGCCGAAUGGCCCUGGGCAACUAGUGAACUAGACUGGACGGAUCAACAACGUCGUUAUAGGUCUGGCAGCUACGAAGGUUCCCGGUUUUACUAUGCCUCAUUUUAUGUUCCGGAAACCGAUGCCGUGCUAUCCUACUGUGGAAUCGGAGCUUGCGAGAUAACCGCUGAUGGUCGUGGCAAUGUGAAUGGACAGGUUACUGAAGGGCCCAUCGUUGGUGGAAACUGGGCAUCUAGUGGAUCAGGAGGCAGUAUGACUAUCUCGUCGUUCUUAGAAAUGCUAGGCUUCACAGGUUCUACGAUGUACGACUAUGAUAUGCAGGCGAGUUUUGGAAUAAUUCAGGGACUCCUUCAAGGCGCGCUCUUCGGUGGUUACGAGGACGUUAGAUUUCGGUAUAGCGGUUAAUAGCCUUCUAAAAAAGAGUGAAUUUCAUUUUACAUACGGUCACUUGAAUCGAUGUAUGAACGUCACCGCCUGGCCAAAUGCUGCAUACGUUUUUUUGUUGACUUCUACCAGUAAACAUUUUAUAAAAAUGACUUUUAUCUAAAUAGCCUCUUACUAGUAGGGCCCUCCUCUCUCGGCUAGCCUUCAAAAUUCUAGGCGGCUAUGCUUUUUUAACCCUAAAUUCAAU